GUGGAGGCGCCUCCGUCGGAGGGAAAAGCGGGAUUCAAUUUCAAACCCCGGCCACGGGGAAUCAGCGCCAUCGGAUUGGGCGACGCGAUUGAAAAAAACAUUGACAGCGAAAUAGAAAGAAAAAAAUCGCGUCAAAGGUCGCGUAGUCGCUCAUUUCGCGCCGAAAAAAAGACGAGUGGCGCGUUUUCGCCGUUGAUUUCUUUGAAAAACGACGCCGGGUUCAGGUGUGGUGUAUAAUCGUGUUACAGCUGCUCUUAUCGCUGCUUCGACUACGUCUCGGCGCCGAUUUCUGCAGGAAUUAAAAAAAAAAAACAUGCCCCGGUCCAACAGGCAGCGGGAGUACAAACCAGGAGACCUGGUCUUCGCCAAAAUGAAAGGCUACCCGCACUGGCCCGCCAGGAUUGACGAGUUCCCAGAGCGAGCAGUGAAGUCACCCUCCAACAAGUACCAGGUGUUCUUUUUCGGGACGCACGAAACGGCGUCCCUCGGGGCCAAGGACUUGUUCCCAUACGACGAGUGCAAAGAGAAGUACGGAAAAGCCAACAAGAGGAAAGGCUUCGCCGAGGGCCUCUGGGAGAUUGAGAACAACCCCACCGUCACACAUGAAGGUUACAAGUCAUCAAAGAAGGAUGACGAGUCAGAAGAAGCCGCCGGUUCGGAGAAAGCCGACGCGGAGGGUAGCAGCGACGAGGACGAGGGUGCCCUGGUCAUUGACGAGAAGAAUGACAGAGGAGGAAACAAGCGCAAGGCUGACGAGUCGGCGGAGGUCUCGCCUAAGCGGCCGAAGGACGCGGAUGCCGAGGGUGCUUCCGACGUAGACAACGCAAAGACGGAGGGCAAGGUCAAUGACGUGGCCGCGCCCGAGGAAAAUACCGCAGCACCGGGAAAACAAAUGGCAGAUAAGGCCGUGACAGAGAGUGCUUAACGUUUGCCUCUUGAGACAAGAACCCGUCGAUGCUUCUCAUCUGGAACAGAAGCGUGGACGCCUUGACGUGCAGGAAAACAGAUUUCACAAGAUCCAUGAAUAUUUUCAACAACAACAACAAAAAGCGUUUGUAUGGCGAGACAAAGAAAUGUUCAUUUGUCAAAUUGGGAUAUCAUAUAUCCCAAUAGGAAUAAUAACAAUUGGAUUUCAAAACCAAUUGAGCUGUUUGGGGCUCGUUUAUAAAUGGGGAUUUUGGUGUGUACAUAUUUUUUUAUUUCCAAGUGCAAUUAAGUAAUUACACGGAGUGAAUGCCAGGUGUCAAACCUAAAUAACGACAAACAAAGGGUAACUCAAUAUUUGAAAAUGGUCUUCAAUUAUGGAUAUUGUAAUACUUAGUGUAUAUGUUGAGAGGGAAAAAAAACAUUUUCACUCAUGCUUUCAGCUUUAAAUUUAAGUGUUUUACUUCCGGUUGUUUUACAUUAGCUGCUCGGCAGAUAUUUAAGUUUGUGUCCCGUUUACCUAAUCGGGGUUUCCCAAACCAUUGCCAUAACAUCGGCCUACAACUGUAUAUAAACACGAAAUAUUUACUUCAAAUAAACAACGAAGACUCCAAGACGAUAGGCACCCACUUUGUUUUGGGGAAACCCUGCCGUUCAACACAAGAGGCCCUUUGUUUUGUGUUCAGGAAAGCCUGCCAUUCAACAUGGUCUUGUCCGGUGUACGGUGAUAUUUGGUUGCUUCCUUUUGGUGGUGUUGUGCUCAUUGAGGGUGCCCACGUGUGAAUAAUUUAACAUCUGAUUGUGUAUUGAACAUAUGAUAUAUAAAUAUAUAUACAUAUAUAUAUUUAGACCCUGUCUCAGAGCGACAAUUUUAGCGUUUGAUAUGUUAAUACUUCGGAGAAUUGUGUGUCGCGGUCAUAGUCUGAAGCUGAAAGACAUUCCCGCAUGCUCGGCCAUGUUAGCGUGUAGCCCACUACACCCUUUCAAAAGUUAACACUCUUCAAGUUCAUCUUAACCACCAUCUAAUGCGAUCAGAACAAAAAAAAAAAAAAACCCAAAUGUUGAUGAUGUCGUGAUCAUUUGACGGCAUUUGCGUUCAUCUUUUCAUCUUUCACGUGUACCGUAUUUCCUCAAAUAGUGAUCCAGUUGGCCAAGCUUACGCCUUUCUCAAAUAACCGGAGAGCGCAGAGUCUUGGUGAAUGUUUUAAGCGAGUUCAAAUUGAGAGUGGUUGUGAAAGACAACUGCGUGACGUGGAGAUGACUUCUUUACGACGACUCGCGUUCUGUGUGGUCAUGCAACAAUGUUGUGUGCAGCCAUGUUGACAUCCCACAGUUUGUAAAUUGGGCCGGCUUACCUACUAGUAAUUUUUAUGUAGCUUAAAAGUAUACUUUGACUAAACCUUUUGCAGUUGGGUAACUUCAGGCUCCACCUUGACUACUAUUCUCAGAAAUACGGUAUACACUUAGAAGUGUUUUUGAUGGUGAAACCUUGUAAAAAUAAUUUUUGGUCUCCAAAAUUGCUGAACUGGAAUUUGAGUCUUACGUUUCCCCCCCAUGACCACCCCAACCCCCAGUGUACUUAUGUACAAGUCUUAUGUUGAACAACAUUGUGAAGUUCUAAACAAGGAGUGAUUUAUUUUAGGGUUAAUGUGUGUCGUUGUUAGUUCACAACUCUCCCCUGCUACGUGAAUCCAGUGGGAGCAAGCAAAGAAAAAGAAGAAAAAAUAAUAAUAAUAAUUUUGUACAUAACAUGGUCAAAAUGUGACCUUGACGCACAUCAUGCAUCAACAUUUUCCACUCUGCUGUUUAAAGUACACGGCGAAUUGAUUUGUUCUCUGAGUGUAAUUGUUGCUAUCACCUCCCCCGUUGUUUUAAUAUGCUGCGCUUUAGUUUAAUAUUGUAGCUGCUGGUCCAUUUAAUAAACAUGUUUAUUACAAAGA